AUGAGUGCUUCACUUCCAGAAAAGCAGAAGGUAAUUCUUUUUAGAAAGAACGGAGGUCCAGAAGUUCUCGAAUACGCAGACUUCCCGAUUCCAGCAAUUUCCGAUUCAGAGGUUUUAAUCAAAAACAAGUAUGCAGGUAUUAAUUACAUUGAAGUUUACUUCAGAAAAGGAAUAUAUCCUUCGAAGAUGCCAUAUGUUUUGGGACGGGAAGCUACAGGUACCAUCGUAAAGAUUGGCAAGAAUGUCACUGGCCUCGAAAUUGGCGAUAAGGUUGCCUUUCUCUCCGGCAAAACAUUUGCAGAGUAUACAAAAUUCCCAUCAUCCGGAAAUUUGAUCAAACUUGGAUCAAAUGCGGAUGAUGAAAAGCUAAAAUUAUAUGCUGCAGCAUUGUUGCAGGGCUUGGUUGCUGUAACAUUCGUUAACGAAGCAUAUUCAGUUCAACCAGGGGACUACAUUUUGGUCACUGCCGCAGCUGGUGGUGUUGGCUUGCUUUUGGAUCAGGUGAUAUCAAAAGAAAAAAAAGGACAUGUCAUUGCGAUAGCUUCGAGUAAGGAGAAGCUCCAAAAAGCUAAAGCUGCUGGUGCCGAAUACCUACUAAAUUCUUCAGAAUUGUCACAAGAUGAAAUUUUAAAAAGAAUACUGGAAAUCACAGGAGGAAAUGGUGUUGCAGCCUCAUUUGACUCUGUGGGAAAAGAUACAGCAGAAUUGUCCUUGUCAGCUCUUUCGAGGAAAGGAACGUUUGUUUCUUUUGGUAAUGCAUCUGGGACUGUUCCUCCCCUCUCAAUUAAUAGGUUAUCUGCAAAAAAUCUUAAAGUGUUAAGACCACAACUAUAUGGUUACAUUAGCGAGCCACAGGAGUUCAAAUAUUACACAGAGAAGUUGUUUAGCCUCAUCGAUAAUCAUGAACUAGAAAUUGACAUCUCUAAAAUAUACCCACUUUCCGAAUACAGGCAGGCAGUGAUUGAACAGGAGGGUAGACGGACAACCGGAAAACUUUUAUUAAAAAUAUCUUAA